UUUUCACACACACAUUCCGUUAGUCACUCACGAAAAGAAAAGACGUGGAUAUUAUUUGCAUUGUGAUAGAGAUUUUCCACUUUGGGGAAAAUCUUUAAACAGAAUCACGGCCAACAAACAAUUGUUUAUAUAGUUUCAAUUUUUGUUUGAUAGAAAACUAAAUAGUGAAAGCAAGUGUGCACUAAGCUAUGCUCGUACCCUGCUAAAGGGGUGGUGAAAAAACCGUGAACACACCAGGUGUAGAAGUUGGAGGUGUAGUGCGGUGUUGUGUAGUGAAAAGGCGCUCCGUCGUGAUGUCACUACUUCACAUUUUUCGUUAAUUGGAUCGCUUUUUGUCAGUGGUGUGCCUUUAAAGCAGCGGACGCUAACGUUUCUAUAUAUUUCUGAUUUUGUUGUGUAGUAGCAAAUUAAUCUGCUUUCGCGCAUAUUUAUGCAAACACAAAGCUAAGUCUUUUUAUUAAUUUAGCUGGUGGAAGUGCAUUGUAGCAAUUCAAUUUAAUUUAAUAAUUGAGUACAAUUUAUCAAUUAAGUUGUGAGAUCGAGGUGACAGUUUUUAUACAUCAUCCAUUCCACAUCAGUAAUUUGCGACGACGUGUAAAAAAAAGUUGGUAAAUAUAGCAAAAAAAGCACGAAACGAAUUUUUAAUGAUAAAGCAAAAGCAUGAUACCAAAGAAAGAGUUGUGCUAAAAGCGAUAACGACUUCAUAGAAGGAAUUGUGGAGUUAAGCUGUAGAAUUCACAAAAUAUACAUACGUCCAAGAAGCAAAGUGUAAGAGCAAAGUGAAAUUUUAUUAUUUGGUUUAACUUAACCAAAGAUACGACUAAAACAAGUUAGCAACACGAAAAGCAACAUAUUCACAACAUACACGUCCCUCCAAAAUCAACGAUUCGUAACGCUAUACAGGCGAUCACAACACGAUUCCGCCCACAACAACCUGCCACGCCCACUGUUGAGUAACUAGCCGCCGUAUUACAAACACAAAACGGCCGCCGUCCAGUGCAGAGAAGAACACAACAGAAACACAAGAAAAAACAUAGAUUCGAGAAUUGCAUAGUCCCACCGCUGUGGCAUAACGGCAUUCGGUGAACUUCCUCCCAAACAGUCAUACAACAUACAAACACAAAAUCGUUUGCAUCUCUCAUUGUCCACAAAAUCCCCCCAGUCGUCCCCUCCAAAAAUAAAACACCCGUCCAUUACAAAACUAUUACACAAACACACCACAAAACGGCUGCAAUAUGUCCGAACUGGAAAAUGCGGCAACAGCCGGCAAAACUAUUGAGGAGUUGCAUUUGGAAGUAGAGCGACUGUCGCGCGAACUAGAUCAGGCAGCUAGCGAACGCGCACAAUCGGCACAAUAUGGUCUCUCGUUAUUGGAGGAGAAAUUGUCACUUGAACAGAAGUGUGAGGAAUUGGAGACACUGUACGAUCAUGCCAAACACGAGUUGGACAUUACACAAGAGGCACUAGCCAAGUUUCAAACUUCACAAAAGGUCACCACAAAAACUGGCAUCGAACAGGAGGAGUCCUUGCUCACCGAGACGGCAGCACUCGAAACAACAUUGAAUAGUAAAAUACUCGACUUGGAAAAUGAGACAAAGCAAUUGCGUCACGAAUUGGAACGAGUACGCAACGAACGUGAUCGUAUGCUGCAAGAGAAUACCGAUAUUGGACGCGACAAAUCAGAUAAUGAGGCUGAAAAACUACGCCUCAAGGCCGAGGUGAAGGAUCUGAAAUUUCGUGAGACACGAAUGCUAACGGAAUACACAGAACUGGAGGAGGAAAACAUAUCGUUGCAAAAGCAGGUGUCGAGCUUGAGAAGUUCGCAGGUGGAGUUUGAAGGUGCCAAACACGAGAUACGUCGUCUAACCGAAGAGGUUGAACUGUUGAACUCACAAGUGGAUGAGUUAGCAAAUCUGAAGAAAAUUGCCGAAAAGCAAAUGGAGGAAGCUCUAGAGGCUUUGCAGUGCGAACGUGAGGCAAAAUAUGCGCUCAAGAAGGAAUUGGAUAGUCAUUUGAACCGUGAGUCCAUGUACAAGAUAAGCAACUUGGCCUAUCUACGCAGUAAUAUGGACGACAACAUAAGCGCCAAUAGCGAUGGCGAAGAGGAGAAUCUCGCCUUGAAGCGCCUCGAAGCCGACUUGACCACAGAAUUGAAUGCCACCGACGGCACCAAAUGCGAUCUCUUCUCCGAGGUGCAUUUGAAUGAGUUGAAAAAGUUAGAAAAACAAUUAGAAUCGAUUGAAAACGAAAAAAUGCUACUCACUGCGAAUUUACGAGAGGCACAAACCAGUUUGGAUAAAUCACAAAAUGAAAUACAAAAUUUCAUGGCACGUCUAGCGCUACUAACGGCACAUGUCGAUGCAUUGCUACAGUUGAAGAAACAGCUAGACAUAAAGGAUGAUUCCAUGGAAGCGGUGAAACGACGCAAUGACGAACAAAAUGUACGACAACAACUGCUGGAUAUACUCGCACAGUAUAACAGUUGGUUCACACUAUCCUCCAAAGAGAUUGACGGUCUCAAGACUGAUUUAGUGGAACUGCAAAAGGGUUUCAACUACACCGACGCAAUGACAACACUACGUAAUGAGGUCACAAAUUUGAAAAAUAAACUGCUCAGCACCGAGCAGAAAUCGCUGGAUCUGCAAAGUGAUGUGCAGACACUCGCAAGUAUUUCACAAAAUGCCGGACAAAGUUUGGGUUCGGCACGCUCCACUUUGGUGGCCUUAAGUGACGAUUUGGCACAGUUAUAUCAUCUCGUUUGCACCGUUAACGGCGAAAUACCGACGCGUAUUAUGCUCGACACGAAGAGCGACGAUAUGAGCUUCGAAAACGAUUCGCUUACUGCCAUACAAUCGCAGUUCAAGUCCGAUAUUUUCACUUCCCGCUCACACACGAUUGAGGAUUUGCAGGGUCUCGCCGAUUCUGUUGAAAUUAAAAAGUAUGUCGACACUGUGAGCGAUCUGAUCAAGCAUUUGAAAACCGCUGUCGAGCACACAAUUGAGCACAACAAGAAUAAAGUGCGCGGCGAUGUUUCCGAAGCUGAUAAAUAUAAUCGCGAGGAAGUCGAGGAGCUGCAAGAGCAAAUCGUGCGCCUUAAGGGCUUGCUCUCACUCAAACGCGACCAAAUCGCUACAUUACGCACGGUCUUGAAGUCCAACAAACAGACCGCCGAGGUGGCGCUCACCAAUCUCAAAUCGAAAUACGAGAACGAAAAGACCGUGGUCAGCGAGACAAUGUCCAAAUUGCGCAAUGAACUGAAGAUACUCAAGGAAGACGCAGCGACAUUCUCAAGUUUGCGCGCCAUGUUCGCCGCUCGUUGCGAGGAAUACGUCACACAAGUGGAUGACCUCAAUCGCAAACUGGAAGCCGCUGAAGAGGAGAAGAAGACUCUAAAUCAGCUGUUGCGUUUAGCUGUGCAGCAGAAAAUUGAAUUGACUCAACGUAUGGAGGAAAUGGAAAUCGAUCGUGAAACACGUUUCGCGCGUCGUUCGAUGCCACCACAGCGCGGCAGCAGCGGCAAAUCCUUCUCGUCACGGCCCUCAACACGUAAUCCGGCCGGCAGCAAUCAGAAUCAAUUCUAACAUAAAAUAAGCGUGCAGCGAAAGAUUUUAGCUUUAGUUUAUACACUGCUUAAGUUAUAAAGUCACUUUUGUGUAAACUGUCACACCAUCUACGAGUCACGUGUCACACACGCACGCAAAUACAUACUGUCACUUUUAAGGUAUGAAGUAAUUGCUAAUAAUUUGUCUCUUAAAUCAAAAGAGCAAAAUAUUUCAAGCAAGUGCUAAAUUUUAGCAAAAGAAAAAAACAGUUAGUACGGUGUUUAAAGAAAAUAGUAAGGAGAGCAGAGCAAUAUCGUAAAGAAUUAGCAAUUUCUGCGCUAAGCAACCUAUAGCGAUAUAAAAUUUUAAUAUCGUAAUCGUUUGCUGCUCUUCACAUCGUACUGAGGAAUUCUUCCGCCCGUUUAACUAAAGACACUGCGUUCGGUUUAAAAGUGACCGUUAGUCCAUAGAAUUUGUUUUUAUUAUUACUUAUCUAUUAGUAAUACAAGACACUACUAUAACGACUAUAUUGGGUAUUAACAUUUAUGUUGGUGCACACAGUUAUGCCAAACUUGAAUUUACAACGAAAUUUGUUGGUUUUAAACUCUACAAAGAGAAUUCGAGCAGUUGUGGAAAGCUUUAUGUUGUUAUGUAAGCAUGCAUAUUUGUAAAAGAACUUCGAAAUUUUUAUUGAAUUCUAAGCAUGUUUGAAAAAGCUAAUGUGGAUCGUAUUCAAAACUCUCCAAAAAGCUCAAGUCUGCACAUCAUCUUAUGAAAAUCAUGAAAAAGAGCUGCAUAUCUAACGGUAAUUCGAAGAAUUUUUGAAAACGCUAAUGUGGAUAUUAUUAAAAACUCUCCAAAAAGCUCAAAUCUGCAAAACACGUUCUAAAUCAAGAAAAAAGAGCUGCAUAUCUAACGGCAAUUGAAAGCAUGUUUGGAAACGCUAAUGUGGAUAUUAUUAAAAACUCUCCAAAAAGCUCAAGUCUGCAAAACACGUUCUAAAUCAAGAAAAAAGAGCUGCAUAUCUAACGGCAAUUGAAAGCAUGUUUGGAAACGCUAAUAUGGAUAUUAUUAAAAACUCUCCAAAAAGCUCAAGUCUGCACACCAUCUUAUGAAAAUCAAGAAAAAUGGCUGCAUAUCUAACAGUAAUUCAAAACAUUAUUGAAAGCGCUAAUGUGGAUCGUAAUCGCAACUCUCCAAAAGCUCAAGUCUGCACAACACGUUCUGAAAAUCCAGAAAGAAGAGCUACGAGCACGAGAAUAUUCGUAAUGCUUCAAACUUAAGAAAGUUUUUGCGCAUUGUGCGAUUUCGGACUCUAAAUUUAAGUUUCAGGAGAAGCUUUAUGCUUUAUAGAAACAAACAAACUUUCAACUGAAGCUUUGAACUUUAAAGUUUUGUAGAACAACUUAACAUUAAAAAAAUUUUGCUGGUCAAGAAUAAUUUCCAAAAACGACGAUUUUAAAAUGGAGCUUUGAGCUUUAAACAAGAUAAGCUUCAACUGGAGUUUUGUGCUUUCAAGUUUUCUAGAAAAACCUGAGGUUUCAAAUGAAUUCAAGACGUGAAAUAUUUAUGAAAGUUGAGAAAUUUAAAGAAGAUCUUUAAAUAAAAUAAGCUCCAAUUAGCUAUGUGCUAAAAAAAAACAAGUUCCAAAAUAAAAAAAAAAUCAAGGUAUGGAAAGAUUUUCGGGUUGUUCCUUUUCAUUUAAGUAUCAAGAGGCUUCUUUUGGGUUGUAAAGAAAGUAUUCUUCAAAUGGAGCUUUGAGCUUUGAAGUUUUCCAGAAAAGCUUAAAAUUUAAAAUGUAUGCAGGACAUGGAAUUAUUUCGGAAAUCGACAAAUUUAAAGCUUUAAACAAAAUAAGCUUCAACUAGAGCUUUGUGCUUUCAAGUUUUCUAGAAAAACUUCAAUUUAAAAUUAAUUCAGGACAUGGAAUUAUUUUGAAAAGUAACGAAAUGAAAGUUUCAAGCAAAAUAAGCUUCAACUGUAACCUAGAGCUUUUUCAACUGGACUUAAAGUUUGAAGUUUUCAAGAGAAUCGAAAAUUUUAAACAAUUAAGCUCGCCGGUGACAACUAAGGCCGAGAAAAAAUUGAGCCUUAAAAAAUGUUCUAUAUGCGUCACAAAAAGCUUGCAUAGACAUAUGAAAAAAAAAAUUUCAUAUGUCUAUAAUGGUAACUAGAAAGCCACAUUUAAUAUGAAAAAAGUCAAAUCACGGAAAAUUACAAAAAAUAAACAAUUGAUAUGAAAACAUUAUUCUUUACUACGAAAGCCAGAUCUACUCGAUUAAAGCUACAAAGCUUUAUGAAAGCCAGAUCCACUCGAUUAAAGCAACAAAGCUUUAUGCACCUUUGCGGCGCUUCAGCAGUGUUACUUAGUAGAAAGUAGCGCUUUGUUGCUUAUUUUACAACAACAAAAGUGCACUGCCUAGCUCUAUCCAUGCACUUUUGUACCAAAUAUCGUACUGAAACAACUGAAACAGCGUCUCCCAACAAAUUUCACUUUCCGCUUUGUUAAAUGAAAGUGAAGGCAUACUGUGUGCAAUUUUGUAUUCUCUAUUUACACACAUUCGCAUAGCAGCUGUGUCUCCGCGCACUUGCUAUUAGAGACUUGUGCGUCUAAAUUAACUAAUAGUAUUGUUUAAAAUGGUUUGUUACUUACAUUUUCUUAUACACUUAGGUAUUUUUAAGUGAUUUUUUCUCAAAAACAAAUAUAUAUACUAUUUAUAUUAUAUUAUUUACAAAUAUAAGUUCCAUUAACGCUACAAAAGCAGCUAUUAGCAUAAUACACAACAUUUGAUUUGAACAAAAUUUCAUGUCUGAACAAAACAAUUUAAAGUGCACUUUGUAAAUUUUUAGAAAAAAAUAUUGUUUAUCAAUUUGUUUAAAAACUCAGCUGUACGCUAAAGAACAAAACACAAGAGAAAAAAAAAUUACAUUGAAAUUUGUAUGUUUUUUCAAAAUUUAAAUUAAUACACAGUGGCAACAUUAAGUUGCCAACAACAAAAAACAAAAACAAUUAUUAUUAGCGUAAAAGAAAAACUUAAAAAUUAUUGAUUAGUGGAACGAAAAUUUUUCUAUGACUAAACUACAUUAAGGAAAGAGACGCAUAAAAACGCGCCACAUGCGCAGGCGUGUCUCUAAGUGAAUGCAAAUGUAUUUUCCUACACGCCAAGAAUUUUCCAUUGUCUCUACGUAUGCGCGUUGUUGCAAUUUGCUUUCAUUUUCCAAAAUUUUAUUUGGCAUUCGCUUCGAGACACGCGUGUCAUGCAGCGCGUGACGAAUUAAAUAUGUUUAAUCACCGCAUUAGGGUGUUUACAUUCGUAAUGUUAUUUAAAAUUAUAUAGUUAGCCGAAAAAACACACUUACCCACACAUCACUAAUGUGCGCGACAAGGCGUGGGAGCUGUCACCUGGCACCUUAUACUUUGUCGACUGGCGCCUGCGCGUCGCUUCGCGCAAAAGCAGCUGUAUUCCUAGCUAAAAGUAUAAAUAAAAAAAUCUUUAAUUAAGUAAUUUAUAAACAUAACUAUGCUAAAGAUAUUAUUUAAUAAUACAUAAACAAAAAUUUGUUGUAGGCAAAAUACAGUUGUAGCAUAAAUAAUCAAAUUAGUUUAUAAACUCAAAAAAAAAAACCAAAUAAAAACUUAAAAAACACUACUACACAAAUGCAUGAAAGCAGUAUAGUUUAUGACGUCCAAUGCAGCAGUAAUAA